UCCUUCGAGAUCCUUUUCCGUAAACAAUUUAAAAGAGAGCACCAAGUAUUAUAGUUGUAGCUCGAUAAAUAGAAUACAUAGGCUAAGAAAAGCUUGUUGUAGUUCACCAUAACCACUUUGAUGUAUUUUAUACUGUUGUCUGUGUUGGCUUGUUUGUCGACAUGCCAUUGUUUGAUCGAAAAGGAUGAGAAGAACGAGAACCACUGCGGUCUGCUGAAGCAGUGUCUUGAAUCCUCACUAGUUUCAGUGGAGAUCAACAAGAAGGGUUUUCACAGGGAGGUGGUAACCACUGUUGUGCUCAGCCCUGAUGUGCUCAGUGGGCUCAGAGUUUUGCUGGUUCAUAGAUGGCCUAGAGGCGUCUAUGUUGAUCCAUACCAACUUGCAUCCCUGAGCGAUCAAACUGAUUGGCAGAUAUUACUGGAUUCAUCCAUCGACCUAGAGGUGCCUGCUCACAAGACCUCUGGAUUUGUCACCUAUGUGUAUCCCACCCCUGAUGGACCAACUCCCAGACUGCUAAAAGUAGCAAUUCCCAUACACGGCCGCUACCAUGAGCCUUCUUUUGAUGGGAAAACGUUUACAUCUGUUGACAUAGAACCUCCAGAGCUGCUGCUGCGGACUGAAAAAUGUACGCAGCUCAACAACUUAGACCCUCACACUGUCGUGGACGCCCCCUGUACUCAUGACAAUUCAAGCACAUGUCCAUGGGUUAAACUCCAGCACCAGCAGGAUCAAGGCCCUAUGGGUUUCCAGUUUCCAGUUGGUGACGGGUCUUUGGUGACGCCUGUAUGCGGUGGAACUCUUCUAGUCACAAUGAUCUGCUGUGGGACACUAUCCAAAUACAUGUGGAAACAUCGACUCAUUUAAACAGCGAUGGUCAGCAUGAUCUUAUAAUUAUACAGUUCUGUCUGAUACCAGCAUCAUUCUGGCACUAGGAUCAAAGUUUUCAGCAUAAAACAUCAAAAGGCCAUAAAAAAAAUAACACCACACAGACAUUAAUAGGCAUGGAUAGAAAAGGUCUGUUGUAUAUGAAUCAUUUAAAAAGUGAAAUGCAUAGAACGCCUUAUCUUCUGAGGUGACACAAACAGAGAACAGGUCUAUUUUACAUCAGUCCAGGUUUUGAGCAGGUUCCUGCUUUUACUAUGCAAAGUAAUCCAGAUAAUUCAGUUAACGUGGUUCUUGGAAUAGGCCCCAGUUACUGGAAGUAAACAUCUUUGUUUAGGUUAGUCCUCUGCUUUUUGUGCAAAACUUUCUCCUGUUAUAAUCGUGGCUCAGAAGUAGGAACAUAGCAUACAGCAGCGUGCAGGAAGAUGACACUUUAUUUAUUUCGUUUGAAACACUCAAGACUCAACACACUCAGGAAUGUCUGGGGCCGCAAAUCAUGUUCUUAGGACACCUUUUAUCCCAACUGCAAACAAUAUUUUCAACUCCAAAUAAUAAAAAAGGAAAGAUCUGUGGUGAUUUUUCUCUUGUUGAACUAAAGACAUUUCCCAUCUUCUAA